AAUUUUGCAAUCAGUCUCCCGGUCAAUCAGUCUGAUUCUGAUAUAGGUUAAGUCCCGCUUUGGUUUCAGAAAUCGGUUGUAUUUUGAUAGUUUUGCAGAUUUAAAGUGAAUAAAAAGUAAAAUCAACGAAAAUGUUUCGCCCGGCCAGGGUCUUCGUUAUGACAUUUAAUCGUUUCAAGGAAUGUCGGCCUUUACAUACGAAUGAACGACAACGACAAGAAGUUGCAGAAUAUGAAUCUCCAAUUACCGAUGAAUAUAAAAAAGGUCCAAUGGAAGGUCGUGCACUCUAUUUAGAUGCCCAAGCUACAACUCCAAUGGAUCCACGUGUACUCGAUAAAAUGAUGCCGUAUUUAGUAACGUAUCAUGGCAAUCCACAUUCAAGAACUCACAUGUACGGCUGGGAAACAGAAUCAGCUGUUGAAGAAGCCCGCAAACAAAUCGCAGAUUUGAUUGGUGCCGAUAAAAAGGAAAUUAUCUUCACAUCAGGAGCUACUGAAUGUAAUAAUAUAGCAGUUAAAGGAGUUUCCAGAUUUUACAAAGCCAAAAAGAAGCACAUUAUUACUACACAAACGGAGCACAAAUGUGUUUUAGAUUCAUGUAGAGCUUUGCAAGGAGAAGGCUUUGAAGUGACAUAUCUACCUGUAAAUCCGAACGGUCUCAUUGAUCUUGAAGAGCUGGAAAGGGCCAUUACUCCAAACACUUCUCUAAUUUCAAUAAUGACUGUUAAUAAUGAAAUCGGCGUUCAGCAACCAGUAGAAGAAAUCGGCGCCCUCUGCAGGAAGAAGAAAGUUUUCUUUCACACAGACGCUGCACAGGCUGUCGGGAAAAUUCCUAUAGAUGUUAAUCGCAUGAACAUUGACCUAAUGUCCAUCAGUGGUCACAAGCUGUAUGGUCCGAAAGGAGUAGGAGCUUUAUACGUGAGGAGAAGGCCCAGAGUACGUGUGGAACCUCUUCAGAGUGGAGGUGGUCAGGAAAGAGGAAUGAGAAGUGGGACUAUCCCUGCUCCAUUGGCGGUUGGCUUGGGAGCUGCUUGUGAACUUGCGAAUUGUGAAAUGGAGUAUGACCACAAAUAUAUAACAGGCCUUGCAAAUCGAUUGAUAGACAGUAUAACAUCAAAUUUGACGCACGUGGUGCGAAACGGAGAUCCUGUUGCGUGGUAUCCGGGCUGUGUGAAUCUUUCCUUUGCCUGUGUGGAAGGAGAGUCUUUAUUAAUGGCUUUAAAAGACAUAGCCUUGAGCAGCGGAUCAGCAUGCACGAGUGCAAGUUUAGAACCAAGCUAUGUUCUCCGGGCUAUCGGGGCUUCCGAAGAUCUGGCGCAUUCUAGCAUAAGAUUUGGAAUUGGACGAUUUACAACGAAGGAGGAAGUAGACUUCACCGCUGAAAAUACGAUAUUCCAUGUAAAUCGCUUGAGGGAAAUGAGCCCAUUGUGGGAAAUGGUCCAGGACGGCGUCGAUCUUACAACGAUUAAGUGGACCCAGCACUAACGCACCUUAGAACGUAGGUUUAUAAACGUGUUAUAAAAAACAAAACAUACAGUUUAUAUAUUCUAAUAAGAUCAAGCACAACCGAUCAAAGAAACGACUUAUUUUGUUUCAACUGAUCAGAUUUUCGACAACCAGUGAUGCACAUUGCAGGGUGGCCACUAAGUCGGCAAAUGCCAAUGAAUUUACUUUUUAUCCGAGAAUUUCGCAAAUAUAGUGCAAUUUAAGAAA